GUGGCGUGUGCGGGCCCAACGUGGUAGCCAUGGCGACGGUGCAAAGCACCGCUACCCCCUGUCCUGGCGCAGACCUGCUGAAACGGGCUGACGUGGAGAAGCUGUCGCGGCUGGCAUGGACUGACGAAGAGGAGCCCGAGGACGCGGUGGCGGCGCGGUCUGCGGCAAGCUCGGGCACUGCUGACGGUCUGGUGUUUGCCGGCCACCAGGCGCUGCCCGACUCCCCGGAGGUGCGGCAGCUGCUGCAGCGCGCCGCCAACAUCAGGAGGCGAGCCAGGCAGCUGGUCGCCCACAUCUCCAGCCUGUGGCCUGCCCCUCUGCCCCUGGCUGGGUCGCUGCUGGGGGCGCUCAACUUGAGCUCCGUGCCCGCCGCCGACUGCCAGUACGACCGCCGGCCCAGCUGCAGGCGCAGCCUCCGCUACCGCACGCUGGACGGCACCUGCAACAACCCGCUCAACCCCGUGUGGGGCGCCGCCAACACCCCCUACACGCGACUCCUGCCGCCUGUCUACAGCGACGGGGUGCACGCGCCGCGCCGGUCCGCGCGCGGCGGCCCGCUGCCCACGGCGCGGCUGCUGAGCGCGCAGCUGUUCCGCGAGCGGCCGGGCCCGGCGUCCAGGGACGAGGUGCUGACGCUGGCGCACAUGCAGUGGGGGCAGCUGCUCGCCCACGACACGGCCUUCUCCGCCAUCCCCACCGCCGACGAGCAGGGCCGGCCCAUCAGCUGCUGCUCGGAGACGGGCCAGCUGCUGGAGGAGCCGCCCGACACGUGCAUCGCCAUCCAGAUCCCGCGGGACGACGCCUUCUACUCGCAGUACGGCCGCCGCUGCAUGACCCUCGUCAGGACGCUCACCGCCGCCGACUGCACGCUGGCGCCAUCCGACCAGCGGCUGCGCCAGCGUCGCGGCGGCCUGCUGACGUCACAGCGAGACGGGCGCGGCCGCGAGUUCCCGCCGCCGAGCGCGCGCCCCGACCAGGAGUGCUUCCUGCAGGCGCAGAACGACACCUGCUACACCUCCUCGGACCUGCGGCUGAACCAGAACGUGCAGCUGGCGUCGCUGCACACGGUGCUGAUCCGCGAGCACAACCGCCUGGCCAGGGGGCUGGCUGAGCUGAACCCGCGCUGGGACGACGAGAGACUCUUCCAGGAGGCCCGCCGCAUACUCAUCGCCCAGUACCAGCACAUCUCGUACGCCCACUACCUGCCGCCCAUACUGGGAGAGCGCGCGAUGCGGCAGCUGGGCCUCCGCCCCCAGCGCCAGGGCUACACGUACGACUACGACGUGUCGCUGCACCCCGCCACCAUCAACGGCUUCAACGCCGCCGCCUUCCGCGCCUUCCACAGCAUGAUCGAGGGCAACCUCACGCUGGUGGACGGAGCGCGGUGCCCGGUCCGUCACUACCGGUACAGCGACGGCUACUUCCGGCCGGCGGCGGUGCAGCGCGAGGACAACCUGGACCUGCUGCUCAACGGCAUGGCCCACCAGCCGGCGCAGAAGCUCGACGACUCCUUCACCACCGAGGUGACGCAGCAGCUGUUCCGCGCCGAGGACGCUGCGUUCGGCAUGGACGGCGAGAGCCUGGACAUCACGCGCGGCCGCGACCACGGGCUGCCGCCGUACCCCGCCUUCCGCGAGCUGUGCGGCCUGCCACCCGCCAACACCUGGAGGGACCUCGCCAACACGCUGGGCCACAACUCGGCGCGGCGGCUGUCGCAGCUGUACGACAGCCCUCAGGACGUGGACGUGUUCGUAGGCGGCCUGCUGGAGCCUCCAGUGACCGGCAGCCUGCUGGGGCCCACGUUCCGCUGCCUGGUGGCCGAGCAGUUCCACCGCUGGAAGCGCGGAGACCGCUUCUACUACGAGAUGGGACAGCUGCCGCACUCCUUCAGCCCAGCCCAAUUGAAGCAGAUACGAAAAGCAUCACUUUCUCGGAUGUUAUGCGACAAUGGUGACAAUAUCACUAUGGUUCAACCUGAUGCUUUCCGCCUUGUUUCUGAAAAGAACCCACUGAAACCAUGUGAUAGUCCAGCAAUUCCAAAGCUAGAUCUUGGCCCAUGGAAACAGUGAUUCAUUAUCACAAGAAAUUUAUUAUAUUACUUUCAUAUGAAAAUUUGUCACCAAAGGAAAUCUUGUGAUUUACCUAACAGCUCUAUGUCAAUUAAAAAUGUUCACAUUUUCAUCUUCUUAGGUAAUAAGCAGCAUAUGUUGGUACAGAAAUCGUAAUAAUUUGGGAAAAGAAUACAAUUUUGUAUUGUGGUUGUGAGGCAUAUUUAAUUCAGUUUUAAGAAAAGAAAAAUGCCAGAUUGUUUUCAUGUAAUAAAGGCCAAGGCCUUUAAUCAUGCUGACAUACUAGACUGCACCUACAGAAAUAAGUUUUUAACUUAGUAGUGAGCCACAAGUGCAGCCCUUUACACUAACUUUCAUUCCCGCAGAACUUCUCUGAAGUGAUGAAACAGCUAUUCAUCAGCAUUUCAGAAGAGUUUUUUAGAUCAUAACCAUUUUGUUUACUGCAAAGUGAGGAUGGGUGUAACCAUGCAUAUCAUUUAAAAAUGGAUUUAUGGAUUCAUUCCACAUUACAGAUAAUAUCUCUGUAGUGGACUUCUUUUGUGAUAAGCCCUGGUAACAGCCGUGCCUUCUCCUCUUAGGAUGCUAGCAAGCGCCCUUGAAAGGCCUUUAGCUCUGCAAGUGCAUCUUCCAGUUUCUGUAUCACCUUUGUAAUUUUUGUGUUGGAGUACUAUGGUGUUUGUUUUCUGGGCUGCAUUUUUACAUCAUAUGAUUGAAAGCAAAUAGAAGAAGAGGUACACUUCUAGGUUUUUCACACAAAUCUCCAACUCAGUGUUCCAUAAAUUGAUAACAAAAGCGAAGUUACCUUUCUUCCCACGAUUUUCAUGUAAUUGUUCUGCACACCUCUGUACUACAUUUCCCUUACUAAAUUUGACACUUUGAGUCAUAGCGAAAUAUUUUUGAAUUUUUUUCAUCCCAUCAAUCAGACUCAGUUUACAGGAACAUGCAUACUAUAUAUGACAUUUAAUGCCAUAUUUAAAAGAAAAUUGUACAGAUAUCUAAUCGUAACUUUUGCUUGUUAGUGCAAACUUUUUCAGCAUGAAAGAGUAUAAGGAUCCAUCAUCUAAGCAAUAUAUGUAACAAAAGGUGCUACAUGAUGCAAGAUGAAAAUUUAAGCUGUGCAUGUUCUUGACAGUGAAAUAGGUGUUGCUCUAAAUUUUAAACAUUGCCUUGAUUUGUGUCAGAAGAACCCACAGAACUGAUUAUUUAGGUGUUUGUUGCAUUUUUAUUGAUUUCUUUCAAAGGAGCUAGGGUAACCAGAAAAAGUAAUCUGCACCCAGCACAUAAACCGCCAAUUUGCACUUUGUGCCAAGCACCUACAAAAACAGAAGUUAACCUAUGUUUCACUAAUUAUUAUAACCCUCUUCUCAAAAGAGUUGUAAGUGGUGCCCACGUGGACCUGAAAUUGCUUCAUCUCUCAUUUUUAAACAAACAAACUGACAACAUAGCAUAACAUACAUUUCAUCCACCUAUGAUGCUACAAACACAGUACUGCUACUAUUAGAUAUGCAAGAUUGGCAGUGGCUGGACACAAAACACUAAUGUUCUGAAGCUUUGUUUUGAAGCCUUAUAGCUUAUACAACUUAAUAAGUAGGACUCUCAGUGAUCAAGAUAAGUUUCGAAAAUAGUAUGUGCAUGUGGGUUCCACAUUUGUAAUGCAUAUCCUUUAUAUAUAAAUGCCUGUCUUCCAAAGACUGCACAAUCAACUGUACUGUGAAACUAAAAUAAUGAUGGAAAAAGUAUUAUAGAUAAACAUCACAACUGACAGUCAUAUCAUUUGACAUUUUUGCCAGUUCUCAGGAAAUAAAUGCAGAUAGGUUAUUUUGUAGCUGUACUAUGUACUAGAUAUGUCAUGAAUAUUAAGUUGAUACUAAGAGGCAACACUUUGUACUUGUCACUGUUCAUAGCUAUGGAACAAUUAAUCAUUAACUUAUUGAAAUAAAUUUAUGUGAUAUUUGUGAUUUUUAAACUAAGUUUUUAUGUAUGUUCAAUUCUUGAACAACCAGAUGUCAGAUCUUUGUAUCUGUUAGAGUAAUGAAUCAAUAUGUUUGUAGUUAUUUAUUUUUAUUUAAGACUGGGUUCUAAAGAGGCUACU